AUGGCUCAGCCAGCAGAGGGCUACCCGGCUGGCGGGCCAGCUCCUGCUGCAGCAGCUGGGCGGCGGAGCCGAGUCCCAGCUCGAUUGAUAGUGGGGCCAACCUCGGCAGUGGUCACCGAGGUGAAUGACUGGGCUGAUGCCAGCUUGCUGCUCUUCCACGAGCCCAUCCGAUUGGACCUUCUGGAGCUGGACCACGUCAUGUCCCCCGCCUUCUAUGAUGGCCUCUCUGGCUGGAAGACGGGCCUCUUCUACAAGUGGUUCAAGGCCUACUUCCACCCCCUGGUGUCCCACCAACUUCAGAUCUUUGCGACUAAGCGGUUCAAAGUUGCUGCCAACCACGUCAUCCUGGCACAGUCCUUGCAAGAGCAGCGGCAGGCGGCGAGCGACCUGCGCGCGUAUAUCAAGGAGCUUCUGACGUGCAUCACGGAGCACCUGGCGCGGGUCGAGAUGGCGCUGCUGCCUGUGAUCCGAGAGUACUUCUCAGAGGAGGAGUGGCAACAGCUGGCGCUCAAGGUGUUGUUGGGCCCCCCGGGGAAGCGGCUCCGGUCGAAGCAGCUGCCGUGGAUGCUGGCGGCGCUGCGCGUGUGGGCGUCCCCCGACCGGGUGGCCGCCUUCCGAGCGUCUCUGCCCCGCACCACCCGCUUCCGCCUCGAGUACUUCUGGUACUGCUCCUACGUCAACGGGGCGGCCAAGCGGCUCCGGCUCAUUAAGAACGACUACCUCCCAUGGUGACCCACCCACGCGAGAGCGAGCCCGUGGGACAGUUUUUACAAGUCUCGCCGGCAUUGUAAAUACAUAGGCACGCAAACGAGCCGCGACUACUAGAUCGACGAGCAACGAGAAGCGUCGCCUGUCAGCAUAUGCACAUGUAGAUAAAAUGAAGAACAGUGCGUGCUUGAAGCGAGAUGAGGGACUGUUGGCUUUGAGAGUCAGCAGCGGCGACCCUAUUGUAGACCUCAGGCAGAUCCCGCGGCAACUUGUUUCUGGUGUUUGGCGAAUAUGAACUUCAUGCCGCAGCGCUUCGACCGGUCUGCCCAGCUGAGAGGGGACGUCACGUUGUCAAUAGCGAAGAAGACGUCCAGCAUGAUAACACGAGACUCGAUCGCUGUGUGGUACCCGGCCGAUCAUGUAAAAUUGGCUUGAAAGAAGUAGCUAAUGAGUAGUCCACUGUGAGCUGAUCGGUUUCCAAGCGACCAUCGAGAUUUUGAGAACAAUUUGGCAACGAUGUAUUUUUGUGAACGAUUACAUACGAGUCCAGCAGAUGGCGCGCUCGUGUGGCCGGCGCGCUGCAUCCGCCUUUGACUCUCCAAAUUUGCGCAAACGGAACCAUAAAAAGCCCUUACCGUACACGGUCCAAAAUCAGUGGGUUCGACUUCUUUGUACUGGGCCCGCUGGUCGUUUCCAAGAAGGCUCAGGGCAAUUGAAUCGCACCGUGCCAUGCAGGCUCAUCUACAUUAG